CUUUACCGUCGACGGGUUCGCUCCGCUCUGAUCCGCAGCGUGUUGUAGCAUUUCAGACUUAAGCUCGUGGAUCCACACCUCGAGUCACGACAUCUUUUUUGGUGAGCGUCGCAGAACCUGUUUUCCCCAGCCUCGUGGAUUUUUGGGCAGCAGGUUCUCGAGCAUCCAGUGAAAUCCAGUCAUCCAACCGAAAGAUCUCCAUACAGAACUGAGAUAAGCCAAAUCUUGCCGGCCAACAAACAAAAUGGAUGAGCAGCAUCGGAACCUCAAUCAAAAUGGCAGCGAAUCCAAUGGUAAGCAGGCCAGGAUCGUUUCGGGACUGGAUCGACCGCUGAAGACUCCUCCGCCUGGCGAACAGACAAGGGCAGUGCGGCGACAAGUGAUCGCUGUUAUCCUGGCCAACGUUGGUGUCUUCUCAACGGGUAUGACCCUGGCCAUGCCCACCGCCACUCUGCAUCAGCUGAAGGACACCACGGAGCCAGUGCAUCUGAACGAUUCGCAGGCUUCCUGGUUUGCAUCGGUCAACGCUCUGUCCGCUCCUCUGGGCGGCUUGCUGUCCGGUUUCUUGCUUGACAGGAUUGGAAGGAAGAGAUCCCUGAUCGUGCUCAAUGUACUGACUAUUAUUGCGUGGAUUCUGCUGGCCACACCCAGUGGGAGCGACCAAAAUGCCUUCUUUUUGCAACUCAUUGUCUCACGAUUUAUGCUGGGUGUUGGUAUGGGACUGGCCAGUGCGCCACCAGGAGUCUAUGCAGCCGAGAUCAGUGUGCCCAAGACGAGGGGCAGUCUUAUACUGGGCACAUCCAUUUCAGUGGCCGGUGGCAUAACGAUUCUCUACGGGAUCGGUUACUGCAUCCGCGAUGAUUUCCGACUGAUUGCCCUCAUCUGCUGUGGCUACCAGUUGGUGGCACUGCUCUGCGUGCUGCCACUUCCGGAAAGUCAUUGCUGGCUUCUGUCCAAGAAGCGUGUAACGGAGGCGAAGAGAUCACUUAACUACUUCCGUGGAUUCAGCAAAUCGGAUGAAAUCACACAUCCCCAAGUGCUCGAAGAGUUCCAGCUUCUGCAGAAAUCCCUGCAGCAGAGGAACGCCGCGGUGAAGGAGUCCUUUUGGCGGAAUCUGCGCGAGCCGGAGGUCUACAAGCCAUUGGUCAUCCUGAUGAGUUUGUUUGCCUUCCAGCAGCUAACCGGAAUCUUUGUGGUCAUCGUCUUCGCCGUGCAAAUUUCCCUGGAGGCGGGCAUCGAAAUCGAUCCCUUCAUGUGCGCCGUGCUCAUUGGUUUGGCUCGCUUGAUCACCACGUGCCCCAUGGGAUACAUCCUCGAGUUGUGGGGUCGCCGAAGGGCAGGGAUUAUCUCCACCUUGGGCAUGUCCGUGUGCAUGUUCCUUUUGGCGGGACACAGCCAAAUCGAGUUCCUCACGGAAGUCCCAUAUCUCCCGGUGAUAGCCAUUGUGGGCUUCAUUGUGCUGAGCACUCUGGGUCUUUACACCCUGCCAUUCUUUAUGAUCUCCGAGCUUUUUCCGCAAAAGGUUCGAGGGCCCGCUUCAGGACUCACCGUGGCCGUGGGCAUGUUCAUCUCGUUCGUGGUCCUGAAGACCUAUCCCGGCAUCAAGGAAUACCUGGGAAUGUCGAACUGCUUCAUCAUUUUCGGGGUCAUGGCUCUGUUUGCCCUGAUAUUCGUUUAUCUCGCCCUCCCAGAGACACGUCGUCGAACGCUGUUGGAGAUCGAGGAGCAGUUCCGAUCGGGUCGCAGUCGCAAGUCCCAAAACCAGGCUGAUGUGGAAAUGAAGGAGGUUUUUGUUCGAAAGCCCGAGGAAUAGUUUUUCGAAUGAGAUGAACUAACUUAAGUAGAUCCCGUGAAGUGCUUAGUACUGUGAUAGACAAUAAGCAACCAGACAAUAAUAAAAAUAAGUUUUUAACAAAGAA